AUGAAAACCCUCUUUAGAAACGGCACGAUCGUCCCCGGCUCGACAGAGUCAGACGCGCUCUGCACCUGCAUGAUCAUCGAAGACGACCGCAUCGUCUACGUCGGGAAUGACGAGCCGAUAUCGCUCGAAGGCUACAAGGUCGUCGACCUGGAGGGAAAGAAGAUUCUCCCAGGCUUCAUAGACGGACACAUGCACCUCCUCCUCUUCGGCGCCUCACUCUCCAAAAUCGACCUCGGCGCCUGCACCUCCCUCGCCUCCAUCCGCUCCACCAUCCAAUCCGCCGCCCGCGCCCGCCCCAACGCAUCCCGCCUCUUCUGCCGCGGCUGGAUGCACUCCAUGACCGACGGCGCCGCCCUGGCAAGCAUGCUCGACGACCUCGACCCCCGCCCCAUCUUCAUCGACUCCAAAGACCUCCACUCAGCAUGGUGCAACACGCCCGCGCUGCGCGAACUAGGCCUUCUAGAUGCAGCGACCAGCCCCCCUGACCCCGCCGGCGGCGUCAUCCAUCGCGAUCCGGUCACCGGCACAGCGACGGGGUUGAUUAGCGAGACGGCGGCCGUUAAUAUUGUCUGGCCGCACGUCGCCAAAGUCGCCUCCCCUGAUGAGAAACUGGCGUUCAUCCGCGACGCGGUGAGUGCGUAUAACGCUGCGGGGUACACGGGUAUGAUCGAGAUGGCGACGGACGAGAACCUCUGGGAUACGAUGAAGUUGCUGCGCGCGAGGGAGCCAGUGCCUAUCCGACUCGCCGCGCACUGGAUCAUCGCGCCUAAAGAUAGUGAGGGGGAGGUGUUCGCGCAGGUUGAUCACGCGAUCGCGCUACAUGAGGAGUUCAAUCGCGAGACCUCGCCUGAUUUCCGCAUCGCGGGGAUAAAGCUCAUCUGCGAUGGUGUUGUGGAUGCGUGUACCGCUGCGCUGAUGGAGCCGUACGCUGCGACCGACGCCGAUACCACGGGCGAUAUGCUCUGGAAGCCCGAUAUUCUGCGCAAAGUGGUGCACCGCGCUGACGGUGCGGGGCUACAGUGUGCGUUGCAUGCUAUCGGGGACGCGGCAGUGCAGAUGGCGCUGGAUGCGCUGGAGUCGUGCUCGACCGUCGUCGACGGGGCAGGGUCUCGCGAUCGCCGGCACCGCAUCGAGCAUCUGGAGCUUACGCGGCCGGGGGAUGCUGCGCGGCUCGCCAGACUGGGCAUCACGGCGUCUGUUCAGCCCGUCCAUGCCGACCCGGCUAUCCUCCGCGCGUGGCCGAAACUGCUCGGCGAGGAGAGGUGUCGGCGAGCGUUUGCGUACCGCGAGUUUGUGGAUGAGGGGGCGACGUUGGCUAUUGGGACGGAUUCGCCGACUGCGCCGCACUGGCCGCUUAGGAAUGUGUAUACGGCUGUGACGAGGCGGUCGGCGAGGGAGCCGGAUUCUCGUGAGGUGGUGAAUAAGGGCUUCGCGUUGGGGUUGAUGCAGGCUGUGGGGGCUGCGACUGCUGGGUCGGCGUAUUCGUGUUUUGCGGAGGGCGUGGUGGGGAGGCUGGGGGUGGGGAUGAGGGCGGAUUUUGUGGUGCUGGAUAUGGAGUUGGGAGAGGGGGGUAGUAUCCCCACUACACCAUCUAUACAGAAGUAUAUAAAUCACAGUUUGGCCCUAUACUUCCCCCUCAAAUCCAAACACACCUCCCCAAGUACAUCCCCCAACCACUCGAAAUCCUCCCUCUCCAGAUAA